GAUUGGAAAUGGCAGCCUAUGCCGCUCUUGUCUCUGUAAUGCAAAUCAUCAAUCAAAUUGAGAGCCAUCCUCGCCCUCCAAUCUCUCUCCACAGAAAUCAGAUUGAAUCUCUCACUCAAUCGAUUACUCUCCUCCAAGAAUUUCUCGAGCAUUAUUCUUCCCACGGCGGCUACACUGAAGAAGAAGAUAUUUGGGAGAUUCGCAUAGCAAAAGCAGCUUACUCAGCUGAAGAUGUGAUUGAGUCUCAUAUAGUGGAUCAGAUUCUUGCCCGAUCCACAAAUGAUGCCGAAAAUACCAGCUCUACUGAAUUCUAUCAAGGUCUGCAGAAGGUGAUAGAAGAAAUGAAUUCGAUAAACAUUGAGAUUAAGGAGAAGAUGGUAGUCCAAGACAGAAUGCGCAUCAUAAAGUCUGUUACUGCUGAUGCUGCAGGCUCAUCUAGAUCUACUUCCGGUGCUCAGAAGGUUACCAUGGUUGGUUUUGAUGAUGUCUUGUAUCAAAUGCUGGACAAGAUCACUGGAGGACGGCCUGAUCGCCAAAUCAUCCCGAUUGUUGGAAUGGGUGGGAUAGGUAAGACGACCCUUGCUCGAAAUAUCUAUGCAAAUCCACUUGUCCGGCAUCAUUUUGAUUUAUGUGCAUGGUCUACGAUUUCUCAAGAGUAUAAUGCAAGGGAAAUUCUCAGACAAGUCCUCGAUCAUCUAGGCAAGGGGAACACGGGUGAUUUGAGUGAAGAGGAAUUAGGAGAGCAACUGUACAAAUAUUUAUUCGGUAGGAGGUAUUUUAUUGUGAUGGAUGAUAUGUGGGAUAUUAAAGCAUGGGAUGGAGUUAGGAAUUUCUUCCCUAAUAACGACAAUGGGAGUAGAAUAGUAGUGACUACAAGGCUGGCAAACUUGGCUUCUAACUUUAACUACUCGAAUGGUCUUGAUAUGAAGUUUUUGGAUGAGGCCACUAGUUGGAAUCUGUUUUCCAAAACUGUGUUCGGGGAACAAAUUUGCCCUCUUGAAUUGGAGGACGUUGGAAAGAAGAUCGUGAAAGGUUGCAAAGGACUUCCAUUGUCAAUUGUUGUGAUCGGGGGCCUCUUAUCAAAGUCUGAGCGAACACGAGAGAAUUGGGAGUCUAUUCAGCGAAACUUAAGUUCAGUUGUGAACAUGGAGGAUAACGAAAGUUGCUUGCAAAUAUUAUACAUGAGUUAUGAUAAUUUGCCGGUUUGUAUUAAACCAUGCUUUCUAUAUUUGGGAGUAUUGCCGGAAGAUGACGAGACACCAAUCUCUCAACUCAUCCCAAUAUGGGUUGCUGAGGGAUUUGUAACACCAUUUGACGGGAAGAGUUUAGAAGAGGUAGCAGAAGAGUACUUAGAAGAACUUGUUGAUAGAAAUCUGCUUUUAGUCGAAAAACGCAACCAUUAUGGAAAACUAAAAUCAUUCAAACUCCAUGAUCUCUUGAGAGAUGUAUGUUUGAGAGAAGCCGGAAAAAUGAAGUUUUUAUCUGUGCUAAGAGAGAAGAGCAUUCAUGACAUUCCACAAGACAUAUAUUCGCAACGACGUAUUCUAAGCACGUUAUGGGAAUAUCCGACAACACUCCUCCAAUCUCUGGAAGCUGCACCACUUGUCCGUACUUGGAUUGGGGAUCUUCCAAAGAGUUUGUCGUAUAAUUUUAGAUUGCUGAGGGUUUCCUUUUCUGAUAAGUACUUUGAGGAAGAAAGUAGUGAAAAUUAUGGAGAAUUUUUACUCCGGCUAGUUAACUUGCGAUUCUUUGUUGUCGAUACCGAUGAACAUCUGUCUAGAAUUCCUUCUGCCAUCUCUUCUCUCUGGAAUUUGCAGACACUAGUUCUGUAUAACAUGGGUUUUGACUACAUUUUCGAGUUUUGGAAGAUGCCUCAACUUAGGCAUGUCAUGACCUAUGAGGGGACACUUGAUGCUGCGUACGGUCUCAAUGGUGAUAUGAAUGGGCAAGAUGGAGUCUUUGUAUUGGAAAACCUACAGUCGCUUUUUGUAAUGAGCAAUCUCAACUUCGGUGAGGGGGUGGUUAGAAGAAUCCCCAAUAUCAAAAGGUUAAAGUUGUAUUAUAAUAAAACCUCAACCAAGGGAUGUGAUUACUGUCUCAGCAAUCUUCAGUAUCUUCACAAACUCGAAGUUCUUGGCUUUCGUUACUCAAAUAAUUUCCACAAAUAUUUGGAUUCGGAACUCAUCUUCCCUUCUUCCCUCAAGAAGUUGACGUUGGAAAAGACCAUGCUCCAUUGGGAAGACAUGGAGAUAACGAUAGGUUCGUUGCCUCAUCUUCAAGUUCUCAAACUGAAAAUGGACUCCUUUGUUGGGAUUGAGUGGGAAACAUUUGAAGGUCAAUUUCGUAGUCUCAAAUUCUUGCUGAUUGAAAGUUGCGAUAUAGAGAGAUGGAUGACGGACAAGACCCACUUUCCACGCCUCGAGCACCUUGUUCUCCGGAAAUUAUUUUGGUUUCGGGAGAUUCCUUUGAGCAUCGGAGACAUACUAACACUUCAAUCAAUUGAGUUGGAAGAUUGUAGGGCUACUGUGGUGGACUCCGCUCAAAGAAUAGUAGACGAGCAAGAGGAAUUAGGAAAUGAAGGCCUUCAACUUCGAGUUCAAAAGAAUUUGUAAGUUAUUUUGUACCUGUUCUCGCAUUGCACCAUAGAGAUUCAGUCAUGGAGAAGAAGGUUAUCGAUUGUUGUGACCACGAACAUCCUUUGAUUCUCGCUGAAUAUGUGAGUGAAGAUGAGUCUCCAAAUUGU